AUGGCGCCCAAUCUGCUGAAACUGUACAUUCGCCGUUUCCGCCGAGACCCACUCACCUGGGCGCUUAUCAUCGUUCUCUUCUGUCUGCUGUACCUGCUGUACCUGCUGCCGGAGGGGCAGCCGUACAACGGUAAACAGUUCGCCUCGGAGUACUCGAAUCACUCGGCGGAGAGCUAUGACACGCUCGACGUGCCCGCCGGUUACCAGGACUCCGAGCUGACGAAGCCGGUCUAUCGAGAUGGCGUCCUGGGCAACUACGAGCCCACGCGAAAGCUGCGCUCUGCCUUCAAUCGACCCGGCGACCACGGAGAGCCCUACUCGCCGCCUUCCGGGGUGGACACGCAGAUGAACACCUACGGCAUGAACAUGGCCGCCAGUGACCGCAUUCCCAUGGACCGAAUUGUGCCCGACCUUCGCCACGGCGAGUGCCCCUACUGGCACUACCCGGAGAAGCAGCUGCCCACCGCCUCGGUGGUCAUUGUCUUCCACAAUGAGGGCUUCAGUACGCUGCUGCGUACCGUCCACUCGGUGCUCAUUCGAUCGCCACGUCGACACCUGCGAGAGGUCCUUCUCGUCGAUGACUUCAGCGACCGUGCUCCGCUGAAGAGCAAACUGGAGACGUACAUUGAGGAAAACUUUGGCACUUUUCAGCAUGACUUUUCCGGCAAGGUGCGCCUGCUGCGCAACAAAGAGCGCGCCGGUCUAAUUCGAAGUCGUGCUCGUGGUGCUCGUGAGGCGCUGGGCGAGGUAGUCGUCUUCCUUGAUGCCCACUGCGAAGUGAACUACAACUGGCUGGUGCCGCUGCUGGCGCCCAUUGCCGAGGACCGAAAGACGCUGACCGCCCCGGUCAUUGACGGCAUCGACGCGAACACUUUCGAGUACCGACCGGUGUACGGCGCUAAGACGCACUUCAUGGGCAUUUGGGAGUGGGGCAUGCUCUACAAGGAGACGGAGAUUGACAUGAAGGCACACCUGGAGAAACACCGAUUCUCAGAGCCAUACGAGUCGGCCACCCACGCCGGCGGACUCUUUGCCAUUGGACGGCAGUUUUUCCUCGAGUUGGGCGGCUACGAUGAAGGACUGCUCGUCUGGGGCGGAGAAAACUUUGAGCUAAGUUUCAAGGUGUGGCAGUGCGGCGGACGACAGUUCUGGGUGCCAUGCUCUCGCGUGGGCCACAUCUAUCGCCCUUUUAUGCCGUACAGCUUUGGCUCGCUGGCCUCUGCCCGCAAAGGCCCCCUAGUGCUGACCAACUACAAGCGCGUCAUUGAGGUGUGGUUCGACGACACCCAGAAGGAGUACUUUUACACGCGCGAACCAAUGGCUCGCUACUACGACGUCGGCGACAUUAGCGGCAUGCUGGCGCUGAAGGAGCGACUGCAGUGUCGCUCCUUUGACUGGUUCCUCGGCACCCCCGUCGGCUCAAUGGUCCUCAAGGAUUUUCCCCGUCUUCCGCCGAAUGUCGCCUGGGGUGACGUGAAGAGCGCCGACAGCCAUGGACACUGCCUAGACGCCACCGGGUCGCAUCCUCCGGCGGAGAUUAAGCUGUAUGGGUGCCAUCGCAGUGGAGGCAACCAGAUGUUUCGACUCAAUGCAAAGGGCCAGAUGGGAUUUGGAGAACGGUGCAUUGAUGGAAACACAUCCGGGUUAAAGGUAAUUAUCUGUCCGAUGGGCAAAGUCAACGGUCCCUGGUCCUACCAGAACGCCACUCAGCAGAUGCUCUACCGUGGCCGACACUGCUUGACGGCGCGGGACAAUACGGUUGUUCUGGACACCUGUGAUGAGGCUGUGCCCGCCAGCCAAAAGUGGAUCUGGCGACCCAUUCCACCUAGAGCUUAA